ACCGGGUAAUAAGUUAUAUGAUGCGAACAAUAAGUUUAUCGGAUGUUCGUUACCGAAAACUGAAAUGGACAAGGUCACGUUCCAACACGAUGUCGAUUAUAACAAUAUGACCAACCCGACAAAAGAUCAAGUAUGGGAGGCAGAUAAAAAAUCAAUGUUGGCAGCAAUGAAUACUACCGAUAAAUACUAUGGUAACAUUGCCACAAUUGUUGGCCUUGGGCUCAAAAACAUAGCAGAACGUACACAUGAAGCGAUUACCGGUAGUAAUAGCGCAAUAUAUCCACAGUGCGGUCGUGUACAACCGGACCAAAAGGACAACGACGCACAAGGAGCAGAGUCCAAGGGUAAUGCAGAACCAGCUGAUACCACAACAAAAUCAACAAAUAACACUGACUCGAGCCGACAAUUGCGUACUGAUCACCAGCACGUCGAUAACUUCGAUAAUAAUUUUUCAACUAGCGGUAAUAAUAUGGAAACACCUACAUCGUCGUCCAAGAGGCCUGCUGAUUCCCCAGCGGGGUCUGCCUUUAGCAAGAAAUCCAAUAUGGUUUUACCUGGUACUGCUAGCGCCACUGCUUCUGAUAGUGAUACGGGAAAUCCCAGUCCUGAAAAUGCUGUAAGUACUACCUAGACCCACACACAUUACAACAGGCUAUACUAUGGUAU